AUGGCUAUUGAGAGGUAUGGGCGUGACCCGAAUUACAAGUUGUUACAUGAUAGGGUUACAGAUGUUUACGUGGAACAUUUGAAGUCUGAUAUGGAAAUAUUGAAGCGAAGUUUUAAGCAAUCGGAUAUUGAUGAUGAUGAACGGUACUCGUUGGCCUAUGAGAUGACUGAUGCUGCUGGCUGUUGCCUUUCUUACAACUCCAUGGACGCCAAAACCAUCAAUGCCACUUUGAUAUGUGAAAGCAUUGCAAGGAAGUUUUUUCCCGGAGUAUCAUAUCCGGAAUAUCAAGGUACUGAUGACGUUCAAUACGCUGAAAAAUUUGAAAACCGGCUCAGGAAGGAGGUUUUGGAUCCCCUGCAGAAGGCCGGCAGUUGUGGACGCUCCAAAAAGCAAGGAAAGCUCUGCGAGGUUGAGACAUAUUUGGAGGAGGUGAAAGCGGACAAGUCCAAGAUUGAACCCGGUGCUUUGCUUCCACCUCAGAUCUUGGCCUUUGCGGAUCAUCCCAAUGUUGGGGAAGUGGCUGAGCUUCAAUGGAAAACAAUGGUGGAGGAUAUGAAAAAACAAGGCAAGAUGAAAAACUGUUUGGCUGUAUGUGACAAUGACAUAAAAUUCGUAAGGGGAAAGGCAACUGAGGUCUCGCUGGCUUUGGGACUUUUGGUGUCUGAAUUAACCCAAGAGCCAUGGAACGGAAAGGUGGUCAGUUGGCACUCAACUCUACAAACAAUACAAGGCCAUGAUCUAAAGUCCAAGUCCGAGUUUGUGACGAUGAUGGACUUCGAGGUCACUGGAGAAGACGAACUUUAUAUUGAGAAAGCGUUUAACUCGAUUUUGGAACUGGCAGUGAAUGACAAUUUGCUGCCAGAGCAGAUGGUCAAGAAGGUGUUUGUGUUCAGCAAGCAACAAUUUAGCCAUGAAGCUUAUUCCUUAUGGGAAGAUGAUUACAAUGAAAUAAAGAGGAAGUUUGAGGCAAAAGGGUACGGCGAUGCGGUGCCACACAGUGAUUUGGUUUAUGUCAGAUCAUUGCUUCGAUUCGGAACCUGA